CACCCCUGUAUUGAGGAAAUCUUCCCGAAUAUCCAGCCGUCAGUGAAAAAGAUGAGCAGAAAGAUAGAGACAGACGGAGACGGCCAGUGAGAGAACUGACCCUUGAAGGCAUGUUUGGGAACCCACAAGCAGAACCUGUCCCCUGGACCUUGCAGAGGGACAGGCUGCGUGGGGCAGCGGCUGGGAAGACGGCCUUAGCAUGAAGACAGUGCCGCCGACGGCACAGAGCUGGGGCCUGGGUUAGUACAGUGGGCCUCAGAACCCCGUUAACCAGCCAGUCAGUGUACUGAAAAUCCCUCCUGGGUGUGAGAGCGCUGGAGAGCUUAAUCCAGACUCAGGGCUCAAUCACAGCAAGACCGAGAAUUAGCUCCUUAUUCCCUCGGCUUCCCCAGGUGUAACAUGGGCAUCGCAGGAGAUCUGCAGCUCCCUGGUGCCGUUAGCUGAUAAGCCUGGAGGAGCACAGACACAGAGCCCGGAACCUUCCACUGCAGCCGGCUUCUUAACAAAGACCAUCACGCAGGGAGGUGUAUGCGGGCUUUUCUGAGCCACACAGAUCUUUCCCGGCCUGGUUGAGCAAAAAGAAUACAGAGAGGGUUGGUCCUGUGUCAUAAGGGGCUGACCCCACAGCCAAAGAUGUCCAGGGCUAGGAGAGGCCCAGGCCCUGGCCUCUACAGCUUCCUACUCAUUGCCGUAGGGGGACACAGCCCCUGCAGAAAGAGCGGCUGAAGUGGGGUCCGGAAGCCCUGGUGUGGACAGAGAGGUGCUGGUGCGGUCCCUUUAAACACGAUUCAAAGCCAGCACCUGUGUCGUUUCCUCCCUCGCCAGAGCCACAGCCCCCGUGACCCCUCACGGCUGCACCUGCACCAGCAUCCACACCUCCAGCUGUCCCAACACACCUGUUUCUCUCUCCACAUUCCUGCAAACUCACCUGCAAAGCGCCCCGCAGACUCAGCCCUCUUGGGCAGCGGCCCAGCAGGUGCAUGUCCUUGCUCUGAAGGUACCUGUGACCUCACCGGCUGCCCACAGCCUCCUGUGACCUCACCGCCUGGCCAAGUCAGCCCAGCAGAGCCAUGGCCACUCCCCUGAACCACCACAGCUGGCAGAGGGCAUAGAUGAACACCGAGGCCCCGGGAGAGGCCCAAGCUGCCAUCAACCCCCACCAUGGCCCUCCCGAGGCCACCCUGGGCAGCGCGGCACACAACAGGUCUGCAGAUGGCCCAGCAGCAGGGGCCCAGGGCCAAGACGCCGCCCGUGCAGAUGGCUGGUCGGCCCGCAGCGCCACAGCACCCGACAGCCUGCAGGAUCUAGACCAGCCCACUUCCCAGGCCACGUCACCAUCUGGGCCCAAAGACAAGGAGGGAGCUGCUCCAGGUGAUGGACAGGAGCCUGCACAGGUCACGUCUCUGCUUCCCCAAGAGCCUGGUGCCCUGCAGGUGCCCGGGAGCCCCCAGAGUCCGGCGUGGGACCAGCUGCCUGAAGACAGGCGGGCGGCUUGGAGUCCCGCGGUCUGGACAAGUGACACCCAGGGCGAGGAAAGGACCCCGCAGACGGCGAGUGUCCUCGGGCAGCUGGAACCGGCUGCAGCCACCCCGGGAGCUAAGGCUCCUUCCGCCCCCGAUGCCGACGCUCAGCCCCUGCAGGCCAACAGCCCCAAGGCCUUUGACCCGGACAGCGGGGCUCUGCUGGCCAGUGAGUCCCAGCUGGUGAUGGAGGAGGACUCGACGGACAGCUCGAGGGACCUGCAGUUCCAGUCGUUCCCUCCCUCCCCGGGGGGCAGCUCCCCGCCCUCGCCGGGCCCCCGGCAGCGGGGCCUGGGCAGGCCUCUGGACUCGGACCUGUACGAGGCGGACGAGGAGAACGACUACAUGCGCUCCAUGAGCAGCCUGCUGGGCGGCGGCGAGGGCUCCAUCAGCUCCCUGGCCGACCUCCUGGUGUGGUCCGAGUCCACCAUGGGCAUGGGCAUGGCCGUGGGCUUCCUGGCCUCGGGCCACAGCUCCCCCACGGACCUGCUGCACAGCACGGGGCCCAGCCUGCGCUCAGUGUCCAGCAUCCUGGGGAACGCCAGCUCGGCCUUCUCGUCCGGGCUGACUUCCGGCACGGGCUCGGCUCUGCGCUCCGUCACCCACGUGCUGGAGACGGUGGAGCGGCGGACGAUGGAGGGCAUCCGAUCCGCCAUGCGCUAUCUCACCAGUCACCUCCCUCUGCGCCGGGCCCACGCCGGCCCCAACGGCGACUAGACUCCGCCCACUAGACCCUGCCCACGGAACCCCAAAGGACUGGCACACGGCUCUGCACCUCGGACAGCCCUGGGGCCCUGCUGCCUGGCCCGCCCCUGCCCUGGACGGCUCCCGCAACACCCAAUAAUAAAAUCACCGGAGAGCGUUUAUUUUCUAA